AUGGCGACGCAGGUGCCCAAGCCGUCGGCGAAGCGCCAGCGGCUCGCCGCCGAGGCGGAGCGCCGUGCCAAUGAGGCUCUCGCCGAGAGUGGUAUGCUGAAUGCGAAUCUAUCAAGUGUCCUUGUGCAGUUCCGCUCCGGCCAGGACGACUCGUUCCUUGGCCCGACGCUCAGCCUGCCGGCCGGCGCAGGCCAGGCGGAGAUGAGCCAGCUCGUGAACGAGCUGCGGCGCCAGGCGCACCCCCGCCAGAAAGGCGACGAUGACGACGAAGACGUGCCGUACUCGUUCCAUGUCCUGCUGAACCGCGCGGACGCUGCGCCGAGCACACAGCCGACGCGCAUCCCCAUCCAGGAGAGCCUGCACAGGGAUGUGCUGAACUCGGCCACUGCUCAGAAGCUCGGGCUCAGUACGGAAGACAGCAUCACGGUUGUGUUUGAGCCGCAGGCCGUGUUCCGCGUGCGUGCCGUCACGCGCUGCUCCAGCACGCUCGCCGGGCACGGCUCGCCGAUUUUGUGCUGUGCGUUUAGUCCGUCGGGCCAGCUGCUGGCCACGGGUGCGGGCGACAAAGUGUGCCGCCUCUGGGACAUGGACACAGAGACCCCGAUGCAUACCCUCCAAGGCCACGACGGCUGGGUGCUCUGUGUGGAAUGGGAGCCGCGCGAGCGCAAAUUGGCUACGGGCGGUAUGGACGGGCAGGUCUGGGUGUGGGAGGCGCUCAACCCGCCGCUGCCUGGGCGCCGCGGCUGGGGCGCACGCUCCGGCGAGCAGGUCGAUGCGGAGCACCGCGCUACGGCCGCGGAUCCAUCGCGCAAGAUGUCCGUCGUGGAGCGCCGCGCCGCGCGCCAUGCUGCGCCGCGCGGCGUCCUGCUGCGGGGCCACACGAAGUGGGUCACCAGCCUUGCGUGGGAGCCCGCCCACCGUGCUGCACGGCCCCGCCUUGCGAGCUCGUCGAAGGACGGCACCGUGCGUGUGUGGAACGUCGAGUCGCGCCAGGUCGACUUUGUCCUGGGCGGCCACACCGCGAGUGUCAACUGCGUUCGCUGGGGCGGCGAUGGCGCGAUCUACACGGCCUCGUCCGACCGCACGAUCAAGGUGUGGAACGACCGCGACGGGCGCCUGAUCCGCUCGCUGAACGAGCAUGCGCACUGGGUCAAUUCACUCGCGCUCUCGACUGACUAUGUGCUGCGCACGGGCGCGUUUGACAUCCAGGGCACCUAUGCGUCUGCGCUUGCGCAGGGCACGCAUGCCGAUCUCGAUGCAGCGACGAUGCAGGCGGCGCGCGCGCGGUAUGCGGAGGCCACCGGGCACGGCGCGCACGCAGAGAUGCUCGUGUCUGCUUCGGACGACCACACGCUGUUCCUGUGGCCGCCGCAAACGGGCGCAGCGGCCACGCCCAAGAAGCCGGUCGCGCGGCUCACGGGCCACCAGAAGACGGUAAACCACGUGUGUUUUUCGCCGGACGGCCGGUGGAUUGCCUCGGCGUCCUUUGACAACAGUGUGAAGCUAUGGGACGGACGCACCGGCCAGUUUGUUGCCAACCUGCGAGGCCAUGUGGCGAGCGUGUACCGCGUGGCUUGGAGUAGCGACAGCCGCCUUCUCGCGAGUGCGUCCAAAGACUCGACGAUCAAGCUGUGGAACCUGGCCACCUUCAAGAUCAAGGUCGACUUGCCGGGCCACGAAGACGAGGUGUACUGCGUCGACUUUCUCGCGGACAAGCUCGCGAGUGGCGGCCGCGAUCGCUCGGUCAAGAUCUGGCGGCACUAG